CUGAUGCGGGGCUUGGUGGUGGGUGAACUCCAGAGUCCAGACAAACCCUUGCGGUGAUAGCGCGAGCCUGAGGAGGGGGAAAGUCGAAUCUGGCGCCGGCGAUGUCGGCGGCGGCGGCGGAAGACGGGGAGGCGACGCUGCGUCACAAGACGUCGACGAAGAAGAAGAAGGCCAAGCAUGGCGAUGUGGAGGUGGCUCCGUCCAAGCCCCCCAUGCCCGCUGCCCCAUUCCGUGAAACCCCACCCCCUGAGUCCCCGGCUCCCGGAACCCCAACCUUGGAAGAGGUCACGAGGAGGACAAAGGAACAAGGGAAGAGGAAGACGCGUGAGGAGCAGCAUGCGGCGGCCCGAAACCCUAGCUUGGCGAUGGCGAUGCACAAUCCUUCUCCGCCCGCUGCUGCCCAAACCGCCAUCUUGGGGCAGGAGCAGCAGCAGGUGGUGACCAAGAAACGGAAGCGGAGGGCGCCAUUGCCAUCUGAGCCCACCCAGACUCACUCUCUUCAGCUGCAAGGGACCUGCAGAGCUCCGCCACAACAUGACCCAGCAAGGGAAGAGGAGGCGGCUGCAGCGAUGAGGACCAAGGAAAGGAAUAUGAAGACGCGCAUGGUCAUGGAGCAGCAGUUGCUGGCGCCCUCUCCUGCCCCAAGCCACACCUUGGUGGAAGGGGGUGUCAUGUCGAGGAAGAAGACCAGGAAGCACCAGGACCAGAUGUCCUCUCCUUCUCUGACCGCUGCUGUCGCAACCCCAAUCUUUCAGCAGGACGCCAAGGGGAAAAACAAACAGGAGCAGGCCCCAUUGCCAUCUAUUCCUGGCCAGAUCCACUUACAAGAAACCCAAGCUCCACCAGAACAAGAGCCACAAGCUGGUGGCUGCAAGGGUAAAUGUACUAAACACAACAAUGGAAGGAAGUACCAUGUUCCUGUUCUCAGCAGCCGUCAGCUCAUCCCGCAUCAGCUCCUCAACAGGAAGGAGAAGCCACUGCCUCAAGGCAUGCGGACGUUCCAAUAUUUCGUUGACAAUUGCACUGAUUCGCCGCCUUUUACUGCAUACAUUGAGCAGUUCCGCUGUGAUCCUGUACGUCAAGAUCGCAAACCCGCACUUCCUAGAACCCCUGAUAGUCUUGCCAUGCUGCCACCUCGAGGUCGCCCAUCAGUUGACUCAUCUCAGUUAACUGCAUGUGAAAUUUCAGGUGCUUGCACAAUUAAAAAUUCUGUAGCUUCCAAGACAAAGCAGAAAAUGUCAGGUUCAGGUUCAGCCUCAGGCUCACAAGAGAAACUAAAUGUAAAGAUAAGGAAAACCACUGUUAUGGGGACCAAGAAGCAAAGGAAAAAACCACCACUGCUUACCAGUGCUGAGAAGCGCUCAGAUAAAUAUCGCCGUGUUCCCUUGGACCAACUGGUACCACCACCAUGCUCCCCUCAUAAGCUCUUGCAGGAGAAGUACGCUUCCGACCCCUGGAAAGUUAUUGUCAUCUGCAUGUUCCUUAACCUAACACAGGGCAAACAGGUCAGGAAGAUAGUGGACGGGUUCUUCGAACGUUAUCCUGAUCCUGUAUCGGCAUUCAACGCUGAUCCUAAAAAGAUGGAGGCAUAUCUUGCACCUCUAGGUUUGCAAAGUGUGAAAACAAGAAACAUCCAGAAACUAUCUAAGCAAUAUGUUGAAGAAGAUUGGAAAUAUGUUACCGAGCUAUGUGGAGUCGGCAAGUAUGCAGCUGAUGCUUAUUCAAUAUUUUGUGCGGGGAGGGCAACAGAGGUGGUACCUGAGGAUCACAAGUUAGUUGAUUACUGGAAAUACGUUUGCUUGGAGUUGCCCAAGAUGAAGGAGGUAUUCUCAACACAUAAGGAUUUGGUAAACGUUGAGGAAGCUGGAGUGACAGAGCAGAAUAAUGUUUCCCUCAGCGUGGGGGAAUCAGUAGCCUGCCAGAAUAGGAGCUUGGGUUGAAGAAGGAAGCAAAUGCUCUUUUGUUCCGCUGUAUAUUAUAAACUUUUGAGGGCAUAGCUUAGAAUCAAACUACUACCUUGAACAGAUCAUCUGGUUUUGGGGCUUCUACAGCUCACUCGAAUUGUUUCUGCAAUCUGAUUUGCUCGUUUCUGAUUUGUCUGUUAGUCAAUAUGUGCAUGUAUUGUGCC